AGUCAAGUGUGGGCGCAGCGGUGGUGACAAUCCUUCGACUGGCUCCCGCUGGAUGUAGAGCAGGAACGAAGAAGAAGAAGAAGUAGAAGAAGAAGAAGGAGAAGAAGAACCGACCAGAACUGACGGUAAGCUGUCUCCACCUGACUGUCAGAUGGUAAAAAUCUGAGGAAGUGACACCAAAAAGGAAAAACACACCAGUAUCAGCUGUUUCUCUGCUCAUCCUCUACGUCAUCUCCAAACCAUGGCCAUCGUCCUCCACUCCAGUCCACUGUUCUGGACUCGUCUGGCCGCCCUGGUCUUCUCCUGCGUGGCCUUCUCCGUGGCCGUCCACGGCGGUCGGCUCUUCCACGGCACCGGGGACUGGUGCAUCUUCUGCUGGGCCUUCAGCUUCGCGGGGACCCUGGUGGUCCUCCUGGUGGAGCUGUUCGGCCUUCAGGCCAGAGCCCCCGUUUCCUGGAAGAACUUCCCCAUCACCUUCGCCUGCUACGCCGCCCUGCUCUGCCUGUCCGCCUCCAUCAUCUUCCCCCUCUACUUCCUCAAGGGCAACAUGGGCCCCAGCGAGCUCCGCAACUACCGCAUCGUGUCCACCGUCUUCUCCUGUCUGGCCACCAUCGCCUACAUGACCGAGGUGAGCAUCAGUAAGGCCCGUCCCGGCGAGGUGGCCGGCUACAUGGCCACCGCCCCCGGCCUGCUCAAAGUCUGCGAGACCUUCAUCGCCUGCAUCAUCUUCGUCUUCAUCAGCGAUCCCGUUCUGUACGACCGCGUCGACGCACUCAAGUACUGCAUGUCCGUGUACUGCAUCUGCUUCAUCCUGUCGGCGGCCAUCAUUCUGUUGUGUGUGGGCGAGUGCACCGGCUGCCUGCCCUUCCCAUUCGCACGCUUCCUGUCUGCCUACGCCCUGCUCGCUGUGCUCUUAUAUCUGUCGGCAACCAUCAUCUGGCCCAUCUUCAACUUUGACCCCAAACAUGGCGGAACCAAACAAAGGCCCGGCACUUGCGGCACCACGCAGGGUCUGUGUGUGUGGGAUAAGCUCAUGGCGGUCGCCGUUCUCACUGGCGUCAACUUCGUCCUCUACCUGGCUGACCUCAUCUACUCCACCCGCCUGGUGUUUGUCAGCGCUUAGAGAGAAGGAGAGCCUCUAGACCAGCAGUAUGCUCCAGAUGAAAUCUAAUUUGUCAUGUUUACAAAGCUGUUGAACUUCUGUCCAAUACAACGCUGCGAGCAGAUGCUAGUCCCCUCACUGGCAAACUCUAGGCAUCCACAGCAGAAUGACACCACCACUGGUCAAGUGUCCAGUCAUAUUCUGACCUAAUGGGACUCAGUAUCUUGUGGAAGUGCGACCUUAAAAUGUAAAGGAGGGGUGGCAAACAUACGGCCCGUGGGCAAAAACCAGCCCACCAAUCUGGGUCCAAUCGGACCUGUGGGAUGAAUUUAUGUUUGAAAAAAUUACACUGAAGACGUUAACAAUCAAGGUUAAAGUC